AUGCGUUGCAGAUUCCACUUCAACUUCGGCUGCAUCUUUUGGACACCCUAUGCUCUUUCGUUCAUAUCAAUCAUUUUUGUCAUCUUCUUCUUCAUAAUCAUUGCCCCCUCAAACCUCAAUUUCUAUGUAACUGAAGCCUCUCUCACACAGUUCAACCUCAACAACAACACCACCUUAUAUUACAACUUCAAACUCAACAUCACAGUGAGAAACCCCAACAACAAUGUCAUAGUGUAUUAUAGGGUGAUGAGAGCAAGUGUUUGGUACAAACAUAACUACUUUGCUAAUAAUAUUAGCUUGGCACCCUUUGACCAAGGCAAAAAGAAGACUAGCUUCCUUCAAACUACAAUGUUUGAUGGAAACAAAGUAUUCAAUCUCAAACCUAAACAACUUGGUGAGUACAAUGAGGAGACACGUGUUGGGAUAUACAAUGACUUGGAUGUGGAUUUGGAUUUUGAAGUUAUAUUCAAGUAUGUUGGAAUGUUCAAGAGUAAAAGUUUCAAUCCACCCACUGUGCAAUGUCGUCAAUUGAGUGUUCCUUUGAUUUCAAAUGGUAAAUCAGCAUCUCCUUUCAAUGUCACCAAAUGUAGCACCCCUUAUUUCUUUACAUAUCGUAAUUUAUGA